GAGAUUCGGUGCAAGGCGCCUAGCUGGGCUGUACCGUAUAUUCGGACAGGACACAUCCCGGUACAGAUUGUGCGCGGCGACCCCAUAGAGAGCCUGUCUGAGCGAAGGCAGGAGUGCCAUGAUAUCUGUAGACACAAAGGGUGGUGCCAUUGCCCUGCUGGUAGUUGCUCUCAUCCUGCUCGGGACAUGGGGUCCUUUGCUGAAUCUGGCGGAGCGGCGUGGGCGCCACACAGUGCAUACGUACAUGGACUUCUCCAUCGGCUUUGUGCUAGUGGCGGUGGUGUGUGCGCUGACAUUUGGUCAAGUUGGAGACACCAUCCACGGAGAAAACUUCUUCGACCAAAUGCGCAACUCACAUGAGAAAGCGCCGCUGAUUGGGUUCGCGAUGGCCUCGGGCUUCUGCAUAUUCUUUGGCAAUCUGGCGGAGCAGUAUGCGCUGGCUCUGGCCGGCGUGACCAUUGCUGUCCCCAUGUUCAGCUCCUGCAUCGUCGUCCUGGGCACGGUGCUGAAUUAUGUGCUGGACAAGGGCCUAAAUAAGGCGACGAUUCUGUUCCCUGGCGUGGCCUGUUUUGCGCUGGCAGUGGUGGCAGGCGCUUUGACUCAUGUGUUCAACGAGGAACACCUGAACAAGCGCAAACGCAGAUUCGAUGACUCAGUGCACCGGCACGCGGUAGGGAACGCCACCAUCGGCUUUGAGCACGGCGCAGGUGACAGGGCGCUGCCGGGGCGGGAUGACAGCGCCCACAAGGCCAACGCCCUCGGACCCAGGAAGGCCAAGGAUGAGGAGGCAGGCUAUGAGCCAGAGGCAGGCAAGGCGGCAAGGGUCAAUAUGGCGGACGCAGAGAGCCCGUACAGAUCUGUACGGACCGACUCGCGCCAACGCGUCAUCUAUGGCAUCUCCAUUGCCAUUGUGGGAGGUCUCAUAGGAGCACUCUUCUCUCCAGGUUUCAAUGUGACCACGAAUGAUAACUUCGGGACCCUCGCCCCAGGGGUCAAGCCCUUCACAGUGUACACGGGCUACUUCUGGUUCUGCACAAUCUACUUCGUUCUGGCUAUUAUUGUGACCCACUUCAUGAUGCGUUACCCACCCCUGGGCCAGCAGCGCUCCACAUGGAUCGCCUGGGUCAAGGAUCACAACUGGCUGAGCGCCAUCGGCUUUCUGUCUGGCAUUCUGGUGUCCAUUGCCAAUGUGCUCCAAUUCCUAGGCGGCCAGGCUGCAGGCUAUGCUGCCAGCGACCUUGUGCAGGCGAAUCCUCUGGUGGCCACCUUCUGGGGAAUUCUCUUCUUCAAGGAGUAUCGCAACUCUUCGCUGAAAGCGUACAUCAGCCUGGGGUGCAUGUACUGCUUCUUCAUCGCUGCCGUGGCGUUGCUGGCGGCUUCUGCACAAGAGCGGUCGGGACAGUGAGAAUUCCUCGCCUGUAUAUCUUCAUGCAAGGUACUUUAUGUAAAGUAUGCGCGAAGUCCAUGGCAAGAGCAGAUCUUUGAAUUCUGCAAGGGGCUAUCGGCGAGGGUGUGAAAAGGCGCUCCUAAAUAUGGGGUAGGACAGGGCUGGAAUGGUAGUCAGCAGCCGUGUUGCAUCAAUCCUUUUGUAAGUAGUAGCAUGGACGGAAAGAUUAAUAGUCUUAGUUGCUUCAUAUUGUGAUGUCCGCGAGACUGUUUCCGGCCGCCAAUCUAAAUUCAUUGCUUAUUGUUUCGUGGCCGUAUAAUUUAUGCCCAUACAGCGUGGCAUUGAGCCAUCAUGGCAUGGUCCAGAUUUCUUCGAAGCUGUGCCAAGUGGCGCUAAUUGAUUCCAAUUGAAAUCAGGGUCCGGAAUCGCAGACUGACAGUCUGAGACUGUGCACAAAUGUUUUGGGUGUUGGAGUGUUCCAGAAUGUUUGCAUCAAAAUGCAUAUGUAGGUGUAGGAUUCCCCAAGACUGGUGAACAACAUAUACAAAACAAGGGAGGAGCUUGUUGACCACGGUCAGUGUCAUCAAGUGGCGGACAAGCAUGCCUGCAUGUGUAUGUAAAGCGAAUACGACACC